AUUAGCAACGAUUUUUAUGUUAUACUUGUUUUGUGAUACAUCAUGCCAGGUAACCGAGGUACUGGACAAAAGUCGUGACGCGUGUAAGAUAAUAGCGAAAGAUCCUUAUUUUGAUAUUGAUAUAGUAGUUGGCAAACCAUGGAGGAUCUAUUACACUUGGAAUAUGAAGUUGGAUACGAAGUGCUUGGAUAUAGUUUUCAAAAAUGCCACCCAGAAGAUUAUUAGGAGAAUAUGGUCAGAUAUGAAUAAAUACUUAGAGCAACAACCUUAUUGGGAGGCAGCGACCCUUCAUAUGUCCUUGGGCUCUGCCCAUCAUGAAAUACUUUUGUUUGCUGAUCAAGGAGCUGCCGGAGCAUUUUUGGGUGUACCCAAUAUCAUUCGGGAUCCUAAUGUUAAACCUAUGCGAAAAGGAGUACGCCUUAUGAAAUUCCAAAUGAAGUUAGUCCGCGAUUGUAAAUAUCUAUUGGUAAUGGACUGCCACGUCGGAGGAGCUUCUUUAGCAGCACGACCAGGUCAUCAUUCCUACCGCACAGAGAUUGCAGCCGAAGCAGAAAUUCUUAACCUCGGAAAUGGCUAUCCAGCUUGCGUUAAUGAAAAGAAUGACGAUGAGCACUUUCUCCGUUUGACAGUAAGUGAUACUCUAGAUGCCACGACCUCCGCUUCAAACAAAUUGAGGGACAUGGUUUACAUUUUUUCAAGAUUAAAAGAAAUUCCGAAAAACGACCAGCUGUCAGACGUUCCGGCGAAGUUGAGCUACAGAGGGCGCAGCGGGAAAUCCUGCCUCUAUCGAGGGCAUCAUCGGAUGCCUAUACCAGAGGCGGAUGAAGAGGAGUUUCAGAAAGCUUUGCAACAUAGAAAACCUAUAUACAGGGAAUCAAUUAAUUAA